UCAUAUUAUGGACGUCACGCGGAAGUACAUUCAACAAAGAUGUCAGCGUCCUUGAUAAGCAAAUUUUGACUGCAGUGAAGUGUCAAACAUGCUCCAUAGUACUCAUUCAUACUCAGAACGGCGACGUGAAAGCUGACAAUAGAAGACUUUGAACAGCUAACAUGGAAAAAAGAGAAUUCACUGCUUCGCUAGUGGCGGGGGGCUGUGCUGGGAUGUGUGUGGACCUCACCCUCUUCCCCCUGGACACUAUUAAGACCAGACUGCAGAGCCAGCAGGGCUUCGCUAAGGCUGGGGGUUUCCGGGGCAUCUAUGCAGGGGUCCCAUCUGCAGCCAUCGGCUCGUUCCCCAAUGCUGCUGCGUUCUUCGUCACUUAUGAAAGCACAAAGUCCAUGCUCGGAGCCCACGGAGUCCUCUCAGCCCCACAGAUGGCACCUGUCACUCACAUGCUUGGUGCCUCCCUGGGAGAAAUAGUGGCAUGUCUGAUCAGGGUGCCUACUGAGGUGGUGAAACAGAGGACUCAGGCCUCGCUGUCCUCUAACACCUACCAGGUGCUGCUGGCCACCCUCAGAGAGGAGGGUGUCAGAGGCUUGUACAGGGGCUACAGGAGUACGGUACUCAGAGAGAUCCCAUUCUCUCUGGUCCAGUUUCCACUUUGGGAGUAUUUAAAGACUCAGUGGUCACGGAGGCAAGGUCACACCCUCUACUCUUGGCAGGCUGCAGUGUGCGGAGCUUUUGCAGGUGGAAUAGCAGCGUUCGUCACCACUCCCCUGGACGUAGCUAAGACCAGGAUCAUGUUGGCCAAGGCUGGGACUAGUACAGCGAGUGGAAACAUCCCCCUGGUGCUGUUAGAUGUGUGGAAGACUAGGGGCUUGACGGGUCUGUUUUCUGGCAGUAUACCUCGAGUCACGUCUAUCAGUCUGGGAGGUUUUAUCUUCCUGGGUGCUUAUGAGAAGGUCCGACGCACCCUGCUAUAAAGACCCUGUCCCUGGCCUGGGGAAAGUGGAGGGCAGGUGGGAGUGGGCCGUCCUGGGAGGGCCCUGUACUGUGCUAUCCCAGCCUGAACCGGCCCCGAGGGACACCUGGUGCGAGUCAUCCCUGAUCGCAUUACCCAGAGGUCUGCAUUCCUGCUCAUCAGUGCGCUUCAGAUUGAGUUUAACUGCGUAAAUUUUUUAACAGCAAGGAUCGCUUUCAAAAUAAUCGUAUAUCUCUGAGCCAGAGUAUCUUCACUGUAUGACCAUCUGUGAUUGGAAAUGGUAUUAAAAGCCAUAUUUUUAUACUA